UAUCUCCGGCGGCCGUGGUAGUCUUCUCAGUCUGAAUAUAGGGCCCCGAACGCACUCGUCUCCUCUAUCGUCAGGAAUCCCCACCCGGGCAUCCAGUCGCUCGAUUCCCCACCGACGCCUGGCAUCAACCCUAGCCCGCCGGCCUCCGCCGCCGUGCUGCUCUCCUCCCCGGCGGCGGCAGCGGCGGGUUUCUAGUUCGACGUUAUCCCGCCUCCGCCUCCGCCUCCCCUUCUCCAUCGGCCACAGCGACGCCAAGGACAAGGCAAACUGUGGGCGGAUGGAGUGACGGCUACCGAACGGGCUGCACGCCUCCUGUUGCGCUGUCCUGCCUCCCCUUCUCCGUCGGUGACAGCAACACGCUACAAGGACAGCACUUGCAGUCGCUUUCAUAAUAUAUAUAUUGUCGUUCUUCCCACAACAGCAUGGAAUGAUGAUCUUAAUUGGUGUGUCUUUGGUUCAAGCUUGAUACUGGUUGCGCUCCGCCUUGGAAAAAAACAUACCAUGACUUCCGUCGCUGAUGGCAUUUCAGGUGAUCACAGAGCUGAUGAGCAACAGCAACAGCAGACGCAAGCUGGUCAUGAGGACCAGCAAGAGGCCCCAGCUACCAGUAUAGGUAGUCAGACAAUGGUGGUAGCACCUUCGACAGAUUAUGUUAUGCCAUACGCCCACCAGGAAGUUUGCCAUGCAAUGGGACAAAUUGCUUACCCAAGUAUUGAUCCAUACUUUUAUGGGGCUUACGGUGGACAACCUAUGAUGCACCCACCAUUGGUCGGAAUGCAUCCAGCUGGAUUACCGUUGCCCACUGAUGCAAUUGAAGAGCCUGUGUAUGUGAAUGCCAAACAAUAUAAUGCCAUAUUAAGGCGGCGGCAGUCUCGGGCUAAAGCAGAGUCAGAAAGAAAGCUUAUUAAGGGCCGUAAGCCAUAUCUCCAUGAGUCACGACAUCAACAUGCAUUGAAAAGAGCCAGGGGAGCCGGAGGUCGGUUUCUUAAUGCAAAGUCAGAUGACAAUGAAGAGCAUUCUGAUUCCAGUUCCAAAGAUAAACAGAACGGAGUUGCGCCCCGCAGCAGUGGCCAACCAUCUACCGCUCCAUCUUCCAAAGGUGCAUCUCCAGCGAACCAGACGGGCAAUCGUGAGUGAGAUGUUAGAAAUCCGCCAGACGCGAGACAUGCCAACAGUUUUGUACAGUAUAUGCUAGCGAGCAAGAAAGGAUCGCGUCGGCGGAUGAUGUAGGAUAUGUGCCCGCUAUAGUGGAUAGGUGUGUCAACAGGUUUUGCAGCAUUGGUUCGGUUUACUCGGUUUGCUUUACAAUAUUUGUACAAUGAGUAGUUCUGUGUUCUUGUUUUUCUGCGGAUUAGCCGCGGUGAUUCAGAAAGCUUUGUAGCGUUAAAGAGUAUAAUUAGUACAUUGUUUCUUUUUGGAGUUGAUUUGGUAUCUUUCUGUCUUGCAUCCUCGCUUGCGGUGGGGAGAAUAACAAUUUGCUACCAUGUGUAUGUUGAUGACAGUAGAAACAUUAAUGUAGGAAAAAUUAAUGAUACAACUUUACCUGCAGCUUCUUUGCUGUUCAUGCA